AUGCAUGAGGGUGAAGACACGCAUAGGCAGUGUCAACCAGAGCCCCUGGGCUCCCCUGAUGAGCUGCAGACACCCCAUGGGGCAGUGCGCAUGCUGUUUCUGUGCAAGGGCAGUGGCCAAUUCCUCCCCGAGCCCCUCAAGCCAGGCGUGGUGGCCACCUUCAAGCAGCUGGACAAACGGGAGCUGCUGUGCCUGGCUGGGUCCCGUGCCAGGGGCUCCCCCAUCGUUAAUUAUUUCAUGCUACACAUAUUGAAGGACAUGCUCUCCCUGACUGGCCUCUCCUGGGACCUGAUACAGGCUGGCUGCAUCGAGCGCUGCUGGCUGCUGGGCCUGUACACUGCUUUUGAGCCUCAGCUGGUCCAGGAGGGUGGUGGGCAGCUGGCCAGCCAGCCAGAGGCGGUGAUGGAGCACGGCAAGAUGCUCAUUGAUCUCACACGUCUCGAAGCCUCGGCUUACAAGCGACUGGAGCCCAAGGAGGUGGCAGAAUGGCUGCACCUAUACAACGACGUGGGCCCAGGCCGCCCAGUGCUGGCCACUGCCCCGGAGUUUGGGGUGGAGAAGGAUGCACCUGAUUGAAGAAGGGCACAUGUGCCUUUGCCCAUGGCUGGUGAGGCCAUGCAGGGUCUGAGGACAGUGCUGCAAUGCCUGGAGAGCCAGGACCCCUGGACGGUGGGGCCCCUGGAACUGGUCCAGCUCCACUCUCUCAUCAGCGUGGCCCAAAGGAUGGAGGCAUCACACCUACCCCCACGGGCUCUGCCCAGGGGGCAUGACAUGGCUAAGGCCUUCGUCUUGGUGCUGUGUGGCUGUCUUAUGGGCGAGACUCGUCUGGCUUUAGCCUCUGUUGUGUUGAAUCUGUUGUAUCGAGGGACGCUGGUCUCAGGCUCCUGA